GAUCUCAACCUUGUCUUUACGCUACCCUCUAGCCUACCUGUGGCUCACCCGGAUUGGGAUCCAGACUACUCAUUCUCUUCUUAUUACUCUUCGCCUUUCACUCCUUCCCCUCUUACCCUUUUCAAACAUACCCACAAAACAACCAACGGUACCACAAGCUCACUCAAAAGCAACAUGCCUCCCAGAUCUGAGAACCCUAGACUCUCACGUACGCCAUCUGGCCGCGACAAGAACGAAGCGAAAGCCACUCGCGAUUCUUUGGGAGGUUCCCUACCAAGCGAGAGCUCUCACUUUCUCGACACAACCACCCACAUUCAACAAACAAACCUGAGUCCUAGUCCUGAAAUAUUACAGGAAGCCAUAGAGCUUCUUCAAUUAGAGGCAUCGAAAUGUUUCCCAGAUUCGGGAUUACCAUGCGACAUACCUAUCUUCCAAUUCUGGCUUACCAAAACGCCUCAAUACAUUUCUGAGCGCCUUCAGGCACUCUACUAUCGAGGACGUAUACAAUCUACUCUCCUAGAUACUUUCACAGUGCUUAUUCAAAGAGGAUUCAUUACCCUCGAUAGCUUGAGGAAGCCUAUUGCUCUCUGGACAGGUAGCGAUGCUGUUUCAACUAUUACUGAUCUUCUGACAACUUUCGACGUGCUCGCCAAAGAGGUCCAAUUUGAUAUUGAUAACAAGAAACCACACCCGUUAUGGGAAAGUUACACAAUGUUUGAAGCUACCAACUGGCUUUCAACAUUAAUUGCUCGCAGUUGUGCGGAUGUUGCUACGCUUUUCGAAACUAUCGAAGUGUCUAACUACCUUGGGGGUAGAAACAAGGCUGCAUUUGAGAGAUAUCAGGAAAAAAGCCCAAACAAACGAUUCGACUGCAACGCAGAUGAACGCGCUACUGCUGACGGGACAACGCCAAUGAAUUACUUUGGAUUUUGGCUCCCUCACGGACUUGGUAAUAAGUCUGAGCACGAGAUUCGCCUCGAGAUUAUGAGCUGUGUCAAAAGAUUCGAUAACAUAGAGCGAGUUUACAAAUCAUUCUUUGAUAUUCCAGAUGACAGGUCACUCUUUGUUGCCUCGGAAGGCGGAACGGGCAAGGUCAACCAAGUGAAAGGGGAUGCCGAAUAUCCAGAUGACACGCUUCUCAGAGCAGAUCAGCAAGCUAAGUAGUGCGAAGAAAACCCUAGCAGAUGCUCAGCUCCACUCAGCAAAUAUCUCCAGAACGAGGCUGCUUACCGUGAAGCACUGAAGCGUCAUAUUCACGAGAUGCUCAGUCAGCUCUCAAACUCUGUCAAGCCGGGAGGAAUCAUAUUCAGGAUAAUAACUUGAUUGAAGUGAAAAGAAGGACGCGAUAUCCCUUGAAUAUUGAUAACAGGGUUCAACAGAGACCAUUGAACGUGGGAAUAUCAAUCACUGUAUA